AAACAUACACACAUAAAACUUCAACACUCUCACUUUCAGUCACUUACUCACUCGCCACCAUGAACUCCAUCGCCUUCAAAUCCUUCGUCGGACUCCGCCAAUCCUCGCCGGAAACCCCACAUUUCGCCGCCCAGCCAAAGCCCCUCACUUUCCACCGCAAGUUCAAGGUCAUCGCCGGAAAAUCCAGCCCCAAGCUCCAGGGCCGAAACCUUCGCGUCGCGGUGGUAGGAGGAGGUCCGGCCGGAGGAUCCGCGGCGGAGACGCUGGCGAUGGGCGGCAUCGAGACGUUCCUGAUCGAACGGAAGAUGGACAACUGCAAGCCAUGCGGUGGAGCGAUUCCGUUGUGCAUGGUGGGAGAGUUUGACCUGCCAUUGGACAUCAUUGACCGACGCGUGACGAAGAUGAAGAUGAUAUCGCCGUCGAACGUGGCGGUGGACAUUGGGAGGACCCUUAAGCCUCAUGAGUAUAUAGGGAUGGUUCGGCGUGAGGUGCUGGACUCUUACCUCAGGGACCGUGCAAAGGAAAACGGUGCGAAUAUCAUAAAUGGGUUGUUCUUGAAAAUGGAUAUGCCUAAGGAUAUGAAUUCCCCUUACGUGUUGCAUUACUCUUGCUAUGAUGGGAAAACCGGUGGGGUUGGGGAGAAGCGCACGUUGGAAGUUGAUGCUGUCAUUGGUGCUGAUGGGGCUAAUUCUAGAGUAGCCAAGUCUAUUGAUGCUGGUGAAUACGACUAUGCCAUUGCUUUUCAGGAGAGAAUAAAAAUUCCGGAUGAUAAAAUGGUGUAUUACGAGAACCUUGCGGAGAUGUACGUGGGAGAUGAUGUUUCUCCGGAUUUCUAUGGAUGGGUGUUUCCAAAGUGUGAUCAUGUGGCUGUUGGCACUGGCACUGUGACACACAAAGGGGACAUCAAGAAGUUCCAACUAGCAACAAGGAAAAGAGCUGAGGACAAGAUUUUGGGGGGCAAAAUCAUCCGAGUGGAGGCUCACCCUAUUCCGGAACAUCCUCGACCACGAAGGUUGUCGGGGAGAGUAGCCUUGGUGGGUGAUGCUGCUGGCUAUGUGACCAAAUGCUCUGGAGAGGGUAUCUAUUUUGCAGCCAAGAGUGGGAGGAUGUGUGCAGAGGCAAUUGUUGAAGGGUCAGAGAAUGGGAAGAGGAUGGUGGAAGAAGGGGACUUGAGGAAGUACUUGGAGAAGUGGGACAAGACUUAUUGGCCCACUUACAAGGUCUUGGAUGUGCUUCAGAAGGUAUUUUAUAGGUCCAACCCUGCGAGGGAAGCGUUUGUGGAGAUGUGUGCUGAUGAGUAUGUGCAGAAGAUGACCUUUGAUAGCUAUUUGUACAAGACAGUGGUACCUGGCAAUCCUCUUGAGGAUCUCAAGUUGGCUAUUAACACCAUUGGUAGCUUAGUGAGGGCCAAUGCCAUAAGGAAGGAGAUGAACAAACUUAAUGUAUGACCAUAUUAUCUGUCUGACUCAUAUUUUAUCAUUCAUUUUUGCAUUGUGUAUUUCCUAGUAGACAUGAUCUCCUUAUAAUUAAGUGAUAAUUAUAUCUGUGUAAGCAAACGGCUCAGAUUCAUGCAAUCCCAUAGUGGCCAUUAGGCUUGACCUUCACAACGAUUGAAGCAAAGCUGGGGGUGUAAAUGACUCGUGUAGUGGCUUAAUUUAUUCCAAAUUGAAUGUAUACGUGUUAAGUGUAUUGCUAUGUUUCAACUGACAAACCAAAUAUUGUGAUGGUAAUAGGAGCAUUGCGUAUAUAGAUAGACCAGCAAAAGUGGAAAAUAAGGAACUGAGAAAGAUGUGUCUCAACAAAUGAUUCUGCUUUUAAUUUUUACCCGGUUGUGAUUAUCGAGCAAAUGUGAUGGAGUUUGAUAGCCCCCAUUUUAUCAUAAAUAAAAGGAUUGAAAGAAACUGAAUUGAUAUUAUGGUUAAUGGCAUCCAUUCCAAUGAUGUAAUGAGAUUUACAAUUGCACUCAAAGCCUGCUUUUCCGAAUUUUAUAUAUUUCAGCCCUUACCUCUUGGUUGUGUUCAAGGGCCAAAGUUUUUACUUGGUACACUAGUGCUUAAGAUUUCAUUAAUUUAGUAUCAUUGACCAUGCAAUGUGUUUUUUUUAAUAUUAUUAUUGACAAACCAAAUGGACAAGGAGGAAGAUGAAAUU